CAAGCACCAACUGCCGCCGCGAAAGGUAGUUCGGUUUUCGUGCAUAGCUGAUCCUCCAUACCAUUCUGCUCCGUGACGAAUCCAGUUGUCAACAUGGCGUCUGCUAAAGUUCCAUUAUUGAAUGACACAGAUGACACGAUUGCUUUUGGUGAAGAGGAAAACCUGAAUUCGAAUACAUUCAGGCAUCCAUAUGUCAUAUUUUUUCAUUUAGUGUUCCGUGGUUUAGCUCUAGUAACAUAUAUUUUCGGAUCAUUUUUUAGUGACAGUUUUAUUGGCAUAUUUGUCUUUUUAAUAUUACUUUUGUCCAUGGACUUCUGGACUGUCAAAAAUGUCACAGGAAGACUUCUUGUUGGUUUGAGGUGGUGGAAUUAUGUGGAUGACAAUGGAAAGUCUCAUUGGGUUUUUGAAUCCAGGAAGGGCAUUUCACAGAAUCGAAUUCAUCCUGGAGAGUCGAGGUAUUUUUGGACUGGUCUCAUAGUUUUCCCUGUCUUAUGGGUCAUCUUCUGGCUGGUUUGCUUGUUUGGUUUAAAAUUUAAAUGGAUGCUGGUUGUGAGCAUUGCAAUCGUACUUCAUGGAGCCAACUUGUAUGGAUAUGUCAAAUGUCGCUUUGGAUCAGAAAAGAGCAUGUCAACAAAUGUGACUGAAUUUUUCAGGCGACAAGUCAUUCAAAAUGUUGCAAACAUCAUGUCUAAACCAGCACAGCCUUCAGCCAAUGCUGCAAACGCUACAAACAUAAUUUGAUUUACUUAUUACUCUGAAAACAUUGGGGUUUCCUUCUAUUGUGAUCUUAUGUAAUGUAGUAAUGAAUUUUUAAAGGACAUUUUAAGACUGAAAGGUUAGACAAGACCUCCUCUGGUGUAAUUAAUCAAGCAAACUGCAGAAACCGUUUGUCUUUCUUUCUCACAAAUAUUUUCCACCAGAACAAAUUAUGUGAUGUUUCCAACCAUUUUAACCAUUCCAGUAAAGAGGAACCAAUUUUGCCUCUUCUAUCUUUUUAAUGUUUCAACCGUUCCUGUUGACGGAAGAAAAUUACUAGCGAGAAACUGAAAUAUUCCACUUACCUUUAUUUGUCAUAUGCUCCACUGUUUUGUCUCUUAUGCAUAAAUAUAGAACUAUAAGAAUGA